UCCAACAUUCAGUGCUGUCUGCUUUGAGCGGGAAGGUCGCGCGGGAUAACUGCUCCGCCAUACUAUUCGUUUUUUUGUUUGUUUUCUUUCUUUCUUUCCCUUUUUCUUUUUUUGUGUUUCUUCUUCUCCGUUGGCAUCGAAUAUGUAACAUAGAUGUACUCAUAUCUGUGCUUCGAUGGAUGAUGGAGAGGAGAAGUCGCUCUGUCCAGAGGGCAACCAACUUAUUGCAAGAACGCGAUGGAAAUUGUUAGCAAAGGUUUUACAGAAGACGGGCGCUGAGAAUGGCCAAUCGAGUUCUCAGCUUGCCCCAACUACCUCAAGACAAUUGUACGGCCUUUUCGAGUGGGAUGUUUUGGAAUCAAACCUGUUUUGGCAAGACAAUUGUGGUCAGUGGCUGCAAUGCUGUUCAUUCAACUACCCGCAUUUUUCUCUCAACGUUAGGUUCCUCAUCAAUCAAUUUUCCAUUGAUGAGUUAACAGGGUUCAAUAACACUGGCAAUGUUUGUGUUUGGCCUUCAGAGGAAGUCCUGGCCUAUUAUUGUAUGAAGAAAAAUUAUGUGUUCAAACAGAAAACCGUCCUAGAGCUAGGUGGAGGUAUGACGUGCCUGGCUUCCUUUGCCGUUGCCAAAACGUCUGACGCCAUGCUAGUCGCUUGCACUGAUGGCAAUCCCGCAUCCGUAGAGAACGUUAAGCGCAUUAUUGAGCACAAUAAUCUCAGCAGCACCUGCCCAAUAACUGCCCAAGUCUUAGACUGGAAAAACGAAUCGUCCUUUAAAGAAAUGGAAUCCAUGUGGGACGUCAUUCUCUGUGCUGAUUGUUUGUUUUUCGAUGACGGACGCGAAGCUCUAGUAGAUACCAUGCGGCGGAUAACAACGCGCAACGUGAGUAGAGAAAUGUUUAUUUAG